UCUGGGCAUGCGCAGUGGCCACCUAGGGUUGGUGGCGCCCUGGAGUCCUCUCCCGGAAAGGCUAAAAGCCGGGACCAUGUCGGCCCAGGGCGACUGUGAGUUUCUGGUGCAGCGAGCCCGGGAGUUAGUGCCCCAGGAUCUGUGGGCAGCCAAGGCGUGGCUGAUCACGGCCCGCAGCCUCUACCCGGCCGACUUCAACAUCCAGUAUGAGAUGUACACCAUCGAACGGAAUGCAGAGAGGACUGCCACCGCAGGGAGGUUGCUGUAUGACAUGUUUGUGAAUUUCCCAGACCAGCCAGUGGUGUGGAGAGAAAUCAGUAUCAUAACGUCAGCAUUGAGGAAUGACUCACAAGAUAAGCAAACCCAAUUUUUAAGGAGUUUAUUUGAAACCCUUCCGGGUCGGGUCCAGUGUGAAAUGUUACUGAAGGUGACGGAGCAGUGCUUCAACACGCUGGAAAGAUCAGAGAUGUUGCUGCUGCUGCUGAGGCGUUUCCCUGAGACGGUGGUGCAGCACGGGGUUGGCCUCGGAGAAGCACUGCUGGAAGCCGAGACCAUUGAAGAACAAGAAUCUCCUGUUAACUGCUUUAGAAAGCUAUUUGUUUGCGAUGUCCUUCCUCUAAUAAUCAACAACCAUGAUGUUCGCCUGCCUGCCAAUCUGCUAUAUAAAUACUUGAACAAAGCAGCUGAAUUUUACAUCAACUAUGUCACUCGGUCCACACAGUUAGAAAAUCAGCAUCAAGGUGCACAAGAUACAUCUGAUUUAAUGUCGCCUAGCAAACGUAGCUCUCAGAAGUACAUCAUAGAAGGACUGACUGAGAAAUCAUCCCACAUUGUAGACCCCUGGGAGAGGCUGUUUAAGAUUCUGAAUGUUGUCGGAAUGAGAUGCGAAUGGCAGGUGGAUAAAGGAAGACGGAGCUGCGGCGACAUGCUGCACCGCAUGAAGGAGCUCUGCAGAUACAUGAACAGCUUCGACAGCGAAGCUCACACCAACUAUAAAAACCAAGUGCUCUACUCCACGCUGCUGGUGUUCUUCAAGAGUGCGUUCCAGUACGUCAGCAGCAUACAGCCCUCUCUCUUCCAAGGUCCUAACGCCCCAAGCCAGGUUCCACUAGUUCUUCUGGAAGACGUAGCCAAUGUGUAUGGUGAUGUAGAAAUUGAUCGCAGUAAACACAUACACAAGAAGAGGAAGCUAGCUGAGGGAAGAGAAAAAACCAUGAGUUCAGAUGACGAAGAGUGCUCAGCGAAAGGCAGAAAUCGGCACAUUGUCGUUGGCAAAGCUGACCUCAGCAACUCCAUCGAAGUACUAGAGAGCUUCAAACUGGCCAGGGAAAGCUGGGAGUUACUGUACUCUCUGGAGUUCCUUGACAAAGAAUUUACAAGAAUUUGUUUGGCUUGGAAGACGGACACCUGGCUAUGGCUAAGAAUCUUUCUCACAGAUAUGAUCAUCUACCAGGGUCAAUAUAAGAAGGCAAUCUCCAGUCUGCAUCACUUGGCAGCUCUCCAAGGAUCCCUUUCUCAGCCGCAGAUCACAGGACAGGGGACGUUGGAACACCAGAGGGCGCUCAUCCAGCUGGCUACAUGUCACUUUGCUCUGGGGGAGUACAGAAUGACAUGCGAAAAAGUUCUAGAUCUGAUGUGCUACAUGGUGCUCCCCAUACAAGAAGGUGGGAAGUCGCAGGAAGAGCCGUCCAAAGUAAAGGCCAAGUGUAGAAAAGGUUUGGAUCUGAAGCUUCUGCCCUGUACCAGUAAGGCUAUUAUGCCAUACUGCCUGCACUUGCUGCUAGCCUGCUUUAAGCUGAGAGCUUUUACAGACAACAGAGAUGACAUGGCGCUGGGCCAUGUGAUUGUACUGCUCCAACAGGAGUGGCCACGGGGAGAGAACCUUUUCCUGAAAGCCAUCAGUAAGAUUUGCCAGCAAGGAAACUUCCAGUACGAGAACUUCUUCAGCUAUGUUACAAACAUUGAUAUGCUGGAGGAAUUUGCUUAUUUAAGAACCCAAGAAGGAGGGAAGAUUCAUCUGGAAUUACUCCCAAACCAAGGAAUGCUGAUCAACCAUUGCAGACCUUUUGGGUGGUCCCUCCAGAUGAGUGGCAGAGAUGUUGUGAGCAGUGUACCUCUCCUCCCCUUGGGGCCUUCUAGCCCUCCCAUGGGGUUGCUGCAGCAGGAAUUCUUACCUGUGCUUCAGCCCAGCAUACAGACUGCUGACAGGCACCACACAGUCACUCGAGGCAUCACCAAAGGUGUGAAGGAGGACUUCCGCCUGGCCAUGGAGCGCCAGGUCUCCCGCUGUGGUGAGAACCUGAUGGCGGUACUGCAUCGCUUCUGCAUUAAUGAGAAGAUCUUGCUCCUGCAGACUCUGACCUGAUAGACCUCCCGGCCACCAGCGGCUCAGGCAUGGCACAUGCUGUCAGCCCGGGGCUGACAGAAGAAGGAAGACGCCCAGUUCUAACUCCCCCUUAGUUGCUUGAAAGCCGAUCCCAAGACUAUAGGAAGUUAUUUCUAUUUUUAAGACUUCAGGUUUUUUAAUUUGUACAAAACAAGAGUCAAUCCAUUUUGUAAAUAAAAAUCCUAAAAAUUUG